AUGGCCAUCCGCCUGAACAGGCUGCUGCGACAGCCAUACAACAGUGGUUAUGGUAGCCGCUUCAGCACUUCUGCUGGACUCUUGGCCGGACACAGCAAAUGGUCCACCAUCAAGCAUGACAAGGCCAGGAACGACAAGGCCAAGAGCAAAGAGCGCCAGCUGGUGAGCAAAGAGAUCCGCAAUGCCACCCAGUGUAUGAAUCCUCUUCCCCCGCGGACUGUAUUUCUGUUCAUCAUGGCUCACCCAGGAUUAGUAUGGGGCCCCGACCCCAAAUUCAACCCCCGUCUCACCCUCGCCCUCUCCAACGCCAAACGCGCAUCCAUCCCUAAGACUGUGAUCGAGGCCGCCAUUGCCCGCGGCCAGGGCCUGAGCGUGACAGGACAAGCACUGGAAUCUAUCACCAUUGAAGCCAUUCUCCCAGGAUCCGUGGCAGCGGUGAUCGAGUGCCAGACAGACCAGAAAGCACGCGUGCUACAGGAUAUCCGGUUUCUGAUCAAGGAUAACGGCGGCAGUAUCGCGCCGACAACAUACUUGUUUGAGAAGAAGGGGAGGGUGGUUAUGGAGAAGAAAGACGGAGUUGAUUUGGAUAAUUACCUGGACCAGGCGAUUGAGGCCGGCGCGGCGGAUCUGACGGUCGAUGAACAGGGUCGUUUAGUGGUCUUCACGGAUCCGUCGGGGACGAAGAGUGUGGGCGAGAAGUUUUCCAAGCUUUCUGGGUUGGAGAUUGAGGAGGUGGAGAUUAUCUGGGAUCCGACUCAGGAUGGAUUGGUCAAGGAGGUGGAUGAGGAGCAUGCGAAGGUUCUGGAUUACCUCUUGACUGCUUUACGCGAGGAUCCCAGCGUGCAGGAGAUCUACUUGAACCCUCCUAAUAUCCUCUGA